ACGCAGGCGGAAGUAAGUGUGGGUGUAAAUACUAGUAGUUAGUAGUUCGCGGAGCUGUUCCACAUUCUCAGAAGAAGCCAGGCAGUCAACACACGGUGACGACCUGAAGUUAUGAAACUGGUUUGUACAUAGGAACAGUCUUCAACUUAAGAACCAGAAAUCAGACUCAUAAGACUACAGAUUGAUCGUUCCCAUCUUGCCUACCAUCAUGGCACACCCUCAGCAUGCCAAGCUUCUAGCCAUCGCUCUGCUUGUCGUGGCGGCUCUCCCUCCAUGCCUUCAGCAGUCCUUUCACGACAUUCCUCUUGUCAGCGUUCAGUCAGGAGAAGACAUACCUGCCGAACCCCUCGGCAAGGAGGGUAGCGCAAAGCAAGGUUUUGACGUCUACCACGAUUACCUCGUCAUCGGCGCUGGCCUCGUCGGGGCUGCAGAUGGGGUCUAUCUGGAGCGGGCGGGACGAGACUACCUGAUCCUGGAGCGUGGGAUGGGCGCGGGAACAUUCUAUACGCAGUACCCGCGCCACCGCAAGCUGAUCAGCAUCAACAAGCGCAACACGGGCAAGACCAACAAGGAGUUCAACAUGCGGCACGACUGGAACUCGCUGCUCAGCGACGACGACAGUCUGCAGCUCCGACACUACUCCAAGGAGUUCUUCCCCCCGGCGGACAUCCUGGUGCAGUAUCUACACGACUAUGCCACCAAGCUGAAGCUGAAGGUGCAGUACAACACUAACGUGCAGGGGGUGUCCAGGGUGGCCAACCACUCCGCCAUCGCCAAACAUCUCUUCAUUCUGCGCGACCAGGCAAACCGCACAUACGCAUGCCAAACCCUGAUCGUGGCCACCGGAGUCUGGGUCCCCAACGUACCCAAGAUGCAAGGCCUGGAGCACACCGUGGGGUACGAGGACAUGUCGCUGGAUCCGGAGGAUUACGAGGGGAAGACCGUUCUGAUCCUCGGGCGCGGGAACUCUGCCUUCGAGACGGCCGACCACAUCAUGCACGCCACCAACCUGAUCCACAUGUUCGCCCGCAGUCGCGUCAGGCUGUCAUGGGCCACGCACUACGUCGGAGACUUGAGGGCUAUCAACAAUGGACUACUGGACACCUACCAGCUGAAGUCCCUAGAUGCAGUGCUGGAGGCUAACGUGGAAAAGAUGAGAGUUGUGAACGUCGAUGGAAAACUCUACCUGGAUGUCUAUGAUGAGGAUGAAGAUGUUCCAGAUGGGGAGGACGCUGAGAGUGACUCUAAUAUUCCACCCAAGAUCCCCACUGACAACUUCGCAGCACGUGAACCUUACGAUAUCAUCAUUCGUGCACUGGGCUUCAAGUUCGAUGACAGCAUUUUUGAUGAAACCACAGCUGUAGAGAUGGGACGGAACAGGAAGAAGAAGUACCCAACCAUCAAGCAUAACUACGAGUCCAGUAAUGUUCCCGGCAUGUUCUUUGCCGGCACCUGUACACACUCGCUGGACUUCCGCAAGUCUGCAGGGGGAUUUAUCCACGGCUUCAGAUACACAGCACGAGCCAUGUUCCACCUGCUGGAGUGGCGUAACCAUGGUGUCCCCUGGCCCUCCGUCAGCCUCCCCACCACCCAGCUGCUCAGUACCAUCGUCAAGCGGCUCAACGAAGGCUCAGGGUUCUACCAGAUGUUCAGCGUACUGGGGGACGUCAUCAUUCUAAAGAAUGGUGGAACCUCCUUUGUGUACCUGGAAGAAUUCCCCAUCCGUCUGCUGCCUGCUCUGCCUAAGGUCGCAGGGCACGACGGCGAGCAGUUCAUAGUGGUGGCGCUGGAGUAUGGCAAGAACUUUUCAGGCCCCGGUAAGGAUAUAUUCCGACCAGACCGAGCCACAGGGGACCCCAGCGAUGCUCACAACUCCAACUUCCUCCACCCUGUCUUCUACCAUUACGACAAACUUCCCACUGAAUCCGACAUGUUGGCCCGCCCAGAGAAAUGGAUCCUGCCCCGCCCGACACACCUGCACCACACCGUGGAGGACUUCCUCACCAGCUUCACGGCUCCCAAGAGUCACAUCCUGCCCAUCAGGCGCUUCCUGGAGACAAGUCUGGACACUGACCUCAGAAACUUCUUUGCUGAAUCCUGCUUCAAGAUGGCGCUGAAACACCGUAGCGUGCCCCGGGAGUGCCAGGAGCACUACAUGCAGGGCCAGGGGCUCAUCCCUACAGUCCCCAUACUCACACAUGCCGUCAAGUCUGGUCUGGUCAUGUAGGGCACAUGGAGUAGGCUUUCUACAACCUUUAAACUUUAAGCAUGAUUUCGACCAAUUCAAUAUUUUAGCUUUAGUCCAAACGAUAUACAGGCUGACUGGAUUAUGCACAAUAUAAGCAGUAGUAUUCAAGACAUCACAGGAUAUAGAAAACAGUACAAUGCCUUAUGAGGUGAUAGGAAAAUAUGAAAGAAAAUAGUGUAUUUUACAUGGAAGGGAAGUGUAAUUGUGGAGAGUUUGAAGUAUUCUGUACAGGUGAGGGUGGUUUUCUACCUUAUACCUGUUAUGAGAACUGUUACCAUAUAUGUAAGAUUAUCAUAAGACAUUACUGGUAUUGGUUUAUCAUAUUUAAGCUCAAGGUGCCAUCUUCUUUCCCUAGUUCUUUUAAGAUUAUCCGUAAGGGGGUUGGUAAUAUAUUCAGAUCAUGUUUUUGCACUUCUCAGUCCUACAUGUACCAAACGAUGCAGUAUGAAAGGGAAUGUAAAACAGAGCAAAUGUUUAUGUGCCACAAGGUGCCUUCUGCAAACAGGCUGCUAGAUCUUGCUGCACUCUGUCUAUACAUGUAUUUAUUCAUUCAAGGAUGUUCAUGGAAAGUAGUUUUAGAUGAUCUCAAGUGUUGGUUUAAGUCCUUAGAAGCUGUGCUUGAAACCUACACCGACAAUUUAGUUCAUAGGGAUUUUAGAAAAGGAUACUAUGCAGUGAACUGGCAAAGAACCAAAUAUCUUCAGGUACAGAAACAAGAACUCUAUGUAUUACAGGUGUUAUUAUGUAAAGGCCUAAUGCCUUUGUUUUUGGAGCUUUUACAGAGAACAUUCUAUUUUUAUUCAAAAGUGUGCUUUCAAAUUCUUCCAUGGUAAUUCUUUCAAUGUAUUCAACACUCAGAUGAAUUAUCAGACCAACAAACAGGUGUAAAUGAGAAUCAUACAAGAAAUUCUGGAAAGAAACAUUUACUAUUCUUUGAAGAUGUUUAAAAUCAGAAUCUCUAAACUACUGAGUAUUUGACAAACAUUCCUGAUAUUUCUAGAUUGGAUGUUUUUCAUCAUGGAAGCCUUUUGAUGAAGUGCUGUAGGGCAUUGGUGUCAUGAUAGGGAAUAUGAUCAACAUUCCGACCAGUGUAUAUGUAAAAGCCAGGUAGUGCUCUGAUAGUAACUGAACCAUUUCUGGUUUGUAAAAUCUAAAUCAGUUCAGUCAUAAGUUUAGUGGUUGAAGAUCUAAUUUGUUGAAUUAUAUUUGAUGACUUUGGCAUAAGGGCUAGCUGUUACAUUUGAUGGUAUUUUAGCAUUAUAUUGUGGGAACCAAGCUUGUAAGCUGCUUGCUGUAGUAUUUAUGAAAACAGCUAGGGGGUGUUGUUGACAGGAAAAACUUGUUUUGCAACUUUAGAAUUGUACUGAACUGAAUUUGGGGAUGCACAAUUGUCUACCAGUAGUUGUUUGAAAAGUGACUGACAGAUAUAGAGUAUGCUGUAAUUUCCAUUAUGGAUAAUCUUAGUACUGGACCAACAGGAGAAUUUAGGUCAUUCCAUUCAGGCUGAUUGUAAGAUAUUUUGAUGGUUGUAUAUUUUCUGAAUCAGUAGAGUUAUGAAAUUAAUGAACCAUGUAGUUGUAAGUUUUAUACUUCUCCACAUACCUUGGAAAAGUGUUUAGAAGAAAUAACAGUAGUGUACAAUACUGUGUGAUACCACAGGUAUAUACAGUAAGUACUGAACACAGUUGUUCUCUCGAGAUUAUCAAUUGUUGGAACAAAUAACAGUACAGUAGGGGACAAAACUUUGAAUUGUGCCAUCUUCAUGCUAUUCCAAAAGUAAUGUCUUUGUUGACAAGUAUUUUGAUCAGAACUUGUUAUGGUUUCAGUCUUAUCAUAUACCCUUUGUGCAGUGAAAUCUUGUAUUGCCACCGUGUGGUAUUUCCAGUGCUUGUACAUUCACAGUAUAUUCAGCAUAUCUAAAAAUCAGCAAAGUUUAUCUGUUACCUUUGGAUGAUAUGGUGUUAGUCAACUUCUUGUAUUUUUGUCUCCCCAGAAAUAGCACUCUAUAAGUAUUAUGACUCACGUCGGUUUUAAACUGGUGACUCGGGAAUAAAGCAUGAUGUUUUAUG